AAAUCUUGCAACGGUCACACUGCAUGCAGUAAACAGAGAUUUUAUCGUGAGGAAAAGUGGUGAAUUUAUGGUAAAAAGCGCAUAAAACCAGGCCAAUAAAAGUGUCUGGAUGAGCCAAGAAUCUGUGCGCCCCUACCAAUUAGCACAGGCGACCCAAAUUACGACGAACGUUUUCGUUUUCUAAUUACGCAUUCCAAGCAUGGACGAGGCGAACAUACAGGACAAGGAGCGGUUUGCCAGCCGCGAGAAUCACUGCGAGAUCGAGCGUCGUCGCCGCAACAAGAUGACGGCCUACAUCACGGAACUCUCGGACAUGGUGCCCACCUGCAGUGCCCUGGCUAGAAAACCGGACAAACUGACCAUCCUCCGCAUGGCGGUGGCUCACAUGAAGGCUCUGCGUGGCACUGGGAACACCAGCAGCGAUGGCACCUAUAAACCCUCCUUCCUUACGGACCAGGAGCUGAAGCAUCUCAUUCUGGAGGCAGCCGAUGGGUUCCUAUUCGUUGUAUCCUGCGAUUCGGGUAGGGUCAUUUAUGUCUCGGACUCAGUGACUCCCGUGCUGAACUACACCCAGAGCGAUUGGUACGGCACCAGUCUGUACGAGCACAUUCAUCCCGAUGACCGCGAGAAGAUCCGCGAGCAGCUGUCCACGCAGGAGUCGCAGAAUGCUGGCCGCAUCCUGGACCUCAAGUCGGGCACUGUCAAAAAGGAGGGUCACCAGUCCAGCAUGCGCUUGAGCAUGGGAGCUCGACGUGGUUUCAUUUGUCGCAUGCGCGUGGGCAAUGUGAACCCAGAGUCGAUGGUCUCCGGCCAUUUGAACCGCCUCAAGCAGCGGAACUCACUGGGACCCUCUAGGGAUGGCACCAACUACGCUGUGGUACACUGUACCGGCUACAUAAAGAAUUGGCCGCCCACCGACAUGUUCCCCAACAUGCACAUGGAGCGCGAUGUGGACGACAUGAGCUCACACUGCUGCCUGGUGGCCAUUGGUCGACUGCAGGUUACCUCCACGGCCGCGAACGACAUGAGUGGCUCGAAUAAUCAGAGUGAGUUCAUCACACGCCACGCCAUGGAUGGCAAGUUCACAUUUGUGGAUCAGCGGGUCCUGAACAUAUUGGGCUACACGCCCACUGAGCUGCUAGGCAAGAUCUGCUACGACUUCUUUCACCCCGAGGACCAAAGCCACAUGAAGGAAAGCUUUGAUCAGGUGCUCAAGCAGAAAGGGCAAAUGUUCUCGCUUUUGUACAGAGCCAGGGCUAAGAAUUCGGAGUAUGUGUGGCUGCGAACGCAGGCCUAUGCCUUCCUGAAUCCCUACACCGACGAAGUGGAGUACAUUGUGUGCACCAAUAGCUCUGGCAAGACCAUGCAUGGUGCUCCCUUGGAUGCAGCAGCUGCCCAUACGCCCGAGCAAGUGCAGCAACAGCAGCAGCAGGAGCAACAUGUGUAUGUGCAGGCUGCCCCGGGUGUGGACUAUGUCCGCCGGGAGCUGACCCCAGUGGGCAGUGCGACCAACGAUGGCAUGUACCAGACGCACAUGCUCGCCAUGCAGGCUCCUACGCCCCAACAACAGCAGCAACAACAGCAACAGCGGCCGGGAUCGGCGCAAACCACACCAGUGGGCUACACUUAUGACACAACACAUUCGCCGUACAGCGCUGGAGGACCCUCGCCGCUGGCCAAGAUUCCCAAGUCGGGUGCCUCGCCCACACCGGUGGCACCCAACUCCUGGGCAGCCCUGCGCCCACAGCAGCAGCAGCAACAACAGCAGCAGCAGCCCGUGACCGAGGGUUAUCAGUACCAGCAGACGAGUCCGGCCAGGUCGCCGAGUGGUCCAACCUACACCCAACUGAGUGCCGGCAACGGAAAUCGCCAGCAGCAACCGCAGCCGGGAGCAUAUCAGGCGGCUCCUCCGCCACCGCCACCCAAUGCGCCGGGAAUGUGGGACUGGCAGCAGGGCGGAGGACACCCACAUCCGCCGCACCCAUCGGCCCAUCCGCACCAUCCACACGCCCAUCCGGGCGGACCGGCCGGAGCAGGACAGCCGCAGGGUCAGGAGUUCUCGGACAUGCUGCAGAUGCUGGACCACAGUGCGCCGACCACGUUUGAGGACCUAAACAUCAACAUGUUCAGCACGCCUUUUGAGUAACUUCCAUCCCGAUACCGAUCCUCGAUUCUCCCGAUUCCCAUUUAUUCUGUGUCUCUCUAUUAACCACUUCUUAAGUGCAAUCCAUCUUAACAUUGUUGAAAUAAUUCAGCCAAACGCAUGCAAAUUGUAA